AUCACCACUGAUUUGUAAACACGACUUACGGCCAUAACAGUGCAUGAGUAGCAUCCACGUUGUUGUGAGAUUUAAUGUUCGGUCGUUUGCUAAUGUCCACAUAAACAACACUAGUAGCUCUUGUAAACUGGACUUUCCCCCUUUUUCUUUUCUUCAUUCAGUCUUCCUUUAUCCUCUCAGCAUGGCACAACCGGCAGAAAAAGGUUACUAUCGCUUCGUGGUGCUGCUCUUCAAUUGCUUACUGACUUUCGGCUCCUACUUCUGUUUUGAUAUGCCCAGCGUUUUGCAAAACCAGUUUCAAGGGAACCUGACAUGCCCCAAUGCAACUGUAAUCAAUGGGACAAUGGACUGUGUGGAGGGCUUGGGGAUGACCCCCCAGGAGUACAAUCUUCUCUACGCUAUCUAUGCAUGGACGAAUGCAAUUGUGGUUAUCUUGGCUGGCUUCCUGAUUGACAAAUUGGGCAACCGAUUUGGAGUGUUUGUCUUCUCCUUCUUGUGCGUUUUGGGCUCCUCCCUGUUCGCUCUGGGCUCCCACUUUAAAGGAACUCCCUACCUGCUGCCCCUGAUGCUCACAGGACGACUCCUCUUCGGGUCUGGCAAUGGAUCUCUGACCAUUGUUCAGAACCGCAUCACUGCCUUCUGGUUCAAGGGGAAGGAACUGGCCUUAGCCUUCGGGCUGACCUUGGCCUUCUCGCGCCUGGGCUCAGUCCUCAACUUUUUCCUCACGCAGCGCUUUGAAGAAAGGUUUGGCAUGCAGUGGACCCUCUGGGGUGGUGCACUCUUGUGCGUGCUGGGCUUUAUGUCUGCCAUCAUCGUGAGCUCGCUGGACAAGGUGGGAAUGAGGCAGCUAGGUCUUGAUGGGGUCAUCCAAGAGGAGUCUCGCAAAGUGAGAAUUCAGGAUGUGAAGCAGCUGUCCCUAAGGUACUGGCUGCUGGUUCUGACCAUCAUGUUCUUUUACAACGGAAUCUUCCCUUUCAUUGCUGAUGCCAGUAAGUUCAUUCAGGAUAAGUACGACGGCUACACUCAGAAGGAGGCGUCCUACGUGGCCGGGGCCGUUUACGACAGCUCCCUCGUCCUCUCCGCCUGCGUCGGCAUUCUUAUCGAUUACGUGGGUCUGCGGGGCAUCUUCGCCGUGUCCUGUGCCGUACUAACGCUGCCCGUGUUUGGACUGCUGGCGUUCACCUUUGUGGCUCCUCUGGUCUCCACUAUCUGGCUGGGAGUCACCUACUCCUUUGCUGCCGCAAGCAUGUGGCCAUCUAUUCCUCUGGUGGUGCCUCAAGCGACCAUCGGCACAGCCAUGGGCAUCGCCACCUCCGUCCAGAUGAUUGGGAUCGGGAUUUCCAAUCUGGUUGUCGGGCAGAUUUUGGGCACCAAGUUCAGUGACACAAAGAUCCCGCUGUGGCGCUGGCAGAGGAUGAUGAUCUUCAUGUUGGCCAACACCAUCGCUUGCAUCGUCACCUCGGUGCUGCUCAACAUCGUCGAUGGCAGACAGGGCGGGACUCUGAACAAGUCAAGCAAAAGAUCGACACAGGCAGAAGCGGAGUCCGACGCGGAGCCGCUCACCCGUGGAGAAGAAGUGGACGACGAGGACGAGAGGGAUGCACGGUCGCCGUCGCGCUCCAUCAACUCCUGACUUCUCCAUUGUCCUCAAGUUUGAGCAUUUCUCUAAGCUUAUUUGAUUACUGAGCUGUUUGACUUUAUAGUGACUUACUGUCUCAAUGAAGAGCAGUGCUUUUGUUUUUAAACUCAAAAUAUAUUGCAUGAUUUUAAUAGUUCUGAAUAGUAGAUUCAGAUCCAUACAAAACAAUUAAUCAAAGCACAUUGUCUUGAAAUAAUACCUCUGACUGUUACAGUUUUGUUCCACAGCUAUAUGGUUGAUCUAUUUGAAUUUUUAAAUUUACGGCUAGUGAGUUUAAUAUAUUCUUGAAGAAGGGAAUUAUAUCAAGCCAUAAAAGAUUUAUUUUUAUUUUUAUUUUAUAAAAAAAGGUUUACCAAAAGUGACCACACUUCAAAACUUUACAAUGACGUAUACAGAUGUGACUUCAAUGUCAUGUGCAGGAGAUGAAUUGAUAUCGCCGCAGUUGUUUUUACAAACCUAACCAUUAAAAUAUGACUUGAAAAAUGAAUUAAAAAUGAUACAGUUCUU